UUGAACGAAGACUUGUGACUAUAAAAGGAAGAACUUUGGCAGAGCGUCAUCUUCCCUCCAGUUCUCCUCUCACUAGGUUGAAUAAACGUCUGAUUUUCUCUCUGUUCAACAUGCGGUUCUACGGAGCUCUGAUCCUGUUCAUGACUCUGUCUGCAGCAUAUGCAUUGAAAUGCUACCAAUGUGUAGGCGAAACCUGCACAGGCCAUGCUACUUGUGAUCUGGAUUUAGACCAAUGUUCCAUCACAUAUGUGGACGACGUCCACAAGAAGAUCUGCACGACCAGCUUGUUAUGUAUCGGUAAUGAUAACUGCUGUGCCACGGACUUGUGUAACAGCGCCAUAUCGACUGGCUCCAGUGUGCUCCUCCUGCUGUUGUCCUCAGCCAUCAUCACUGUCUUUCUCUGAGGCUCUGCAGCAGCUACAUCUUAACAAUGUGUGUCUUCUUUCUUACCCAAUUUGUAACUCUGGAAGAAUAAACACAUUCCCAAUAUGUAAAAGUUGUGAAUGACUGCAGAUGGAUAUUUGCUCAAUAAAACACAAUAUGACCCACCAUU